GUAAACGACUUCCUGUCCGGGAGGUCCCCCCUGACCCUUGCCCUGCGGGUGGGCGAUCACAUGAUGUUUGUCCAGCUGCAGCUGGCAGCUCAGCAGAACAGUGGGCAGCUCCAGCACCGCCACGUGAUUGCCAGCCGCGGAGAACAAGCUGGAGGCGCCGCAGCCACCACGCCGGUGCCAGCGGCCGGACCAGCUGCCUCCAGUUGCCGCACCCUGCCUGGGAGCACUCCCACCUCCUCCCCUACUUUUGCCCGGCUCCCCACGGCGCCCGCUUGCCCGCCAAGCCCUGUGCCCAGUCCUACUGCUUCUCCGUCGCCAAUGCAGAAUAUGCCUCUCUACUGUACCACCGCUAACCCGACCCCCGUCACGGCAGGGAUGUUCCAUUCGCACGGGACCAGCACACAGACGGUCAACGGAGGGGGGAGCGGCAGCGUCAUGUCUCCGUGUUCAGAGGUAGACUGCGCCUCAAGAAGUAAAAGUUCGCCCAGCAGCAGCCCCACUCAGGCCUCUCGGACCCGCAAACACGGCGCUGUGAUAGAAAGCUUUGUUAACCACGCCCCUGGGGUUUUUUCGGGAACGUUUUCUGGCACUUUGCACCCCAACUGCCAAGACAGCAGUGGCCGGCCGCGCCGAGACAUCGGCACCAUCCUGCAGAUCCUCAACGACCUCCUGAGUGCCACGCGGCACUACCAGGGCAUGCCCCAGUCGCUGACACAACUGCGGUGCCAGACACAGUGCUCCUUGUCCACCCCUUCCCUGGAUCUCAACAACCACACUACCUCAGAAAGAACGGCAGCUGCUGCUAACCAGCCCUUGCACUUGGGGGUCCAGUGCCCAAGCCAAGCAGCCACCUGCAAGCCCACCG